CCCAAAAGCCUGCAGAAAUUAGGAACAACCCUAGACGGUCUAGACAGAUAGCCAUAAUAAUUACCCCUGUAAUUACUUUGAUACACAGACUACACAACAUUCCUAAUGCUAAGAUGGCCCCAAAGACAAAAGGAUUGGGAAGACAUGGAUUGUCAAACAAUCAGAAGAGGAGGAUCAAAACAAAGACAAAUAAAUUAAGUGCUGAUUCCAUACAAUUAGACAAUGGGAAACGUAAAGCAGGAUCCCACGAAAAAGGCAGAGUUCUGAAGAGGCAAAGACUAGAAUAUGUUGAAGGAGCAAGACAGAGUCUACAAGAGGAAACCAACCUUGAGGUUAAGAGAUGGAAGGAAGUCUGUGAAGAGAGAGAUGAGUUGAAAUCAAAAAUUGAAGAUCUUAAGCUGAGGCUAAGUGAAAAGGACAAUGAUAUAGAUAUUAUUAAGGACAGUGAGGAAAAGUUGAAGAAAUUAAAUGUAAAAUUAAUGGGAUUUCUGCAAACUUCUGGUGAAGAGAUUGAUCAAUCAAAUAUAUGUAUAGAAAAGUGUGAAGGGAAGUUAAAUGACAUGUUGAAUGAUAAUCAAGUGCUUGAUCAAAGGUGUGCUUUGCUUGAACAAAAUAAAAAAAUAAAAAAGGUUGAUGAAUUGAACAAAACCCUGAAAAAUAAAAGCAAGAAUAUCUUGAAUAUGAGUCAAGAACACUUCCAUGAAGAAACCAAAUCAAAGAUUUUUUCAAUUUUAACAUUUUUUAUAUGUCUAUGUCUACUAUUCUUCCUGCAUGUUUCCAGCUUAGAUAGAGGAAAAUUUACAGCAUCAGCAGGAUCAGAGUUCUCUACUUUGGACUUCAAAUCAACUGAUCACAACACAAUAAUCAAUAUUUCCAAGAGCUUUAAAAUCCUGAGAGGACAUAUGCAAUAUAUAUGGACCAACGGACGGAUGGACGGACCAAAGGACAGACAGACGCCUAGUCAAUCCCAUAGGCUCACUGUGUGAGCAGAUGUGAGUAAAUUAAUAACUUUCUGGUUUGUGUAGAAGUCAAGUAAAAGGUGAGAAAUAUCCACUUUCCCUGAAUCUACUCUACUCUGAUAGAAUGAGUUUAAAGGAUGGCACUACAUCCAAAUCCCCUUAGAGUUAAUGCCUAGACACUUGCUCUGAUUCAUCAGUGGGCACCUGGCUUUGUUCAAAAUUGUAUACAGUUUUGACCAGAAUACUCAAUUGGCAAGGCGCCGGCCAAUGAAUUGGAGUAAAUGUGACCCAGGC